AUGUCGCUCCCGUCGCCCGUUGAUCAAUAUGGGAACAAGCUGAGUGGAAGUGGAUAUGGGAGUAGCGGGCAGUCGGACAGUGGGAAAAGUCCGCUGUCAAUGAGCUUGGGGUUUCUUAAGAAUUUGACGGAGAAGAAAUCUACUCGUGUUGAUGGGCAGCCACCGAAGAGGAGAGGCCCAAAACCAGACAGCAAGCCAGCGUUGACUCGUCGACAAGAGCUGAAUAGGCAGGCACAACGAACUCACCGCGAGCGGAAAGAAUUAUACAUCAAAGCACUGGAGCAAGAAGUCAUCCGUCUCAAAGAAAAUUUCAGUAUGGUUACUCGCACUAAAGAUUCGCUCGCGGAAGAAAAUCGACAAUUAAAGCAAUUGUUAGCUCAGCAUGGUAUUGCAUGGAAUGGAACUGGAGGAGUCGAUGAGUUGAAUGUACAAGCCAGCGCGGGUUACACAUCAAGUGGUAGCAUAUCUGGCAGCUACGCACCUGGUUCUCAGUCUUAUAGCCCACCGCCGACGCACGCAAAUCCUCAGUUCCAGCAAUCUUCGCAAGGUGUUAGCAGUACAAAUGGCCGGAGUACGACUCAACAGCAAGUCCAGCCAGGGGUAGACUAUGAUCAAGCUGGAAUAGAUUUUGUGUUGGGGCUCGAACGACCAUGCAUGGAUCACUUGCAGUAUCUCGUCGAGCUGUCAAGUGAUGCUGAUGGGCCAGCGUGUGGCCAUGCUCUGAUGGCUUCUUGCCCUCCAAUGCCAAAGGUAGAAGACGACAUACCUUUUGGGCACGGCCCGAGACAAAACGCAGAUGCACAAAAGACGUGGGAUUUAUCGAAAUCCGACCUAGCGAAUCUACUCGAUCUAAGUAAACGACUCAAUCUCGAUGGCGAAAUCACUCCAGUCAUGGCUUGGGGAAUGAUACUCGCCCAUGAACGCUUCUCCGAGCUGAAACUUGAUGACUUUGCGAAGAUGUCCCAGGAACUUGGUGGUAAAAUACGGUGCUAUGGUUUCGGCGCCGUGUUAGAAGAAUUUGAGGUCCGGGAUGCCUUGGCAAAUGUGUUGCAUUGUGAGAACGAUUUUGACAUGACCUAUUAA